AUGGUACCUUUACUGUUGGCAGUGAUUGUUUCUCCACCUGUAACCUUUACUCUCGAUGAAACAACUGCUGCUCCCUUGAAUAUUUCUUUUACAGAGUACUCGUUUGCCAACCACAUAAGAUUCAUAAGAGAGUCCCGAUUACUUAUAGGACCUUUUGAUUUAAAGAGAAAACUUAAGAAGAAACUUAAUACACAGCAAGAUUUUCAUCAGCCGAGUGCUUCGCCUCUUCGUUCUGAUGGUUUUUCUUUAAUUGACAAACCUACAAUUUACACAAACAAUUCCUCUCAAACAAACUCAGUUAACAUAAUAACUACAACAGAAAGUAUCGCGAUAUCCACAACAUCAGUAGAAUCUACUAUAAUGGAAAAGGUGCAGAGUGAAGGAACGACGGAAACCUCUAAAUUAUCGAGAAAGUCUAAAGCAACAAAAAUUUCACGCAAAACUAAAACUAAGAUACCAAUAGGAGUAACUGAUGACGAAGCAGCAUGGCCGGGGAAACGAGCGGCGGUCGUGGAGGGCGACGUGCUGCUUGGCGGGCUUAUGAUGGUGAUAUGA